AUGCCGCCUCUAUAUCACCUCCCAGGCGAAAGCAGCCCUACACCCCAUCCCCAGGUCUACUACAGCCACGAUGCUCAACCUUCAACGACCGCAACAAACGAACCCACCCUUGCAACAACGACAAGGCAUGCACAUGUCACCGAGUGGCUCCCCAAAUACGAACCAAGUCCUACGGACAGCACCCUCUCCUCGCCCAGUAACCUUCCCUUGAACGUGGACCAGUGGGUCACCUUGGGCCCGCCCUCGAGCAGGCUUACCAAGGGUUUCCUCGCCGGGGUCAUCAUUGGCCUCGUCUUUGCUCUAAUGCGGUUGGUCACGGUCUCCAAGUACGACCUCGGCCAGAACGAAGUGAAUGUCCACAGAGCAAGAGUCGAGAAAGAUGGGGCGUACGACGUAGGCUGCCAGCCAUCGCGGAUUUUCUGA